AUGGAGACCACCGAAAUUUUCAAAGACAACUUGUUCAAGGGAAAAGUGUUAUUAUGUUCAGGUGGAGGAAGUGGUAUUUGUAGAGCCAUGACUGAGGCAGUUGUAAGACAUGGGGCCAAAGCUGUCAUCUUCUCCAGAAGCAAAGACAAGUUAGAAAAGGCAGCCAAGGAAAUGAGUGCAAAGACAGGAGGAGAGAUCAUUGCUAUCGCAGGCGAUGUUCGUAACCCAGCAGAUACAGAACGAGUUGUCAAGGAAACCAUUGCUCGUUUCGGUCGUCUGGAUUUAUUGAUCAAUGGUGCUGCUGGUAACUUCUUGGCUCCAUUUAGAGAUUUGUCUUAUAAUGCUUUCCGUACUGUAAUUGAAAUUGAUUUACUCGGCACCUUCAAUUUGACUAAGGCCGCUGUUGAACAUUUGAAAAAGUCCAAGGGAUCAAUUAUCAAUGUAUCUGCCACAUUACAUUACACAGGCACGCCUUUCCAACAACACGCAGGUGCAGCCAAGUCAGCCAUCGAUGCUUUGACUAAGCAUUGGGCUGUUGAGUUAGGACCUCAUGGUGUUCGCGUUAAUGGCAUUGCUCCAGGCCCAAUUGCUUCAACAGUCGGUAUGGAAAAAUUAGGCCCUGCGUUUGAUUUGAGAGGUGUUCCUCUACAACGUAUGGGAACUGUUCAAGAUAUUGCUCAAUCAACCGUAUUUUUAUUCUCGGAAGCAGCAAGCUACAUCUCCGGUGUUGUCUUGGUUGUAGAUGCUUAUCCAAACUAUCCCGACAUUGUCCUUGACCCACCUAGCUUUAAGCUUUAA